AUUACUUAGUUUCGCAUGUUGACGGGGAUUUCCUUGUUGAGCCAUACAGUCCAUACAGAUUCGCGCAGCAAUUCUGAUUUUAUCAAGUUCCUCCACAGGAACUCGGGGCAGAUGUUCGUUCCACAAGUUAUGACUUGAGUCGAAUACUCUGGCGCACUGCCAUUCACAGUAAAACAGAGUCAAUGGUACUUUUUCCUAACUAUCCCUUGAAUGCUAGCAAACACACAUCUUCAGGCUUUCAAACAUGGUGGGCUAUGGUGCAUGAUGAUCAUCUCCUCAAAGGGCGUGAUGCUUUGAUUAAGAGUGUCCAAUCAAAUGGGGAGCAGAAGAAGUCGAAAGGGAAGGAACUUGCAAAUCUGAACAAUGCUUCCAAGGUUGGCAAUAGUCUUGAGAUGAAGCAAAAGACUAUGAGAAGCGAGAAGGAGAUUUUGACGAGUUCAAACAACAAAGCUACUUCCCCUGAGGACCUUACUCCUAAUGAAGGAUUUUCGAAGGGUAUUUCAUUUCAUCUUCCUUCAAACAUUGUGGAAGCUGUUGAUCAUGAUUCUUGCAAUUCACAUGAGAAGAAGAGGAGCGAACCUUUUAAUGAGGAGGAUGAGCAAUCCACCAGUACGGACCAGCAUUGGAAGCGCAAGAAGUCCAAGUUGGAUGAUCAAGACUUGAUUUUCAUUGAUGAUGGAGAACCAAGUCAAGUAUCAGUUGAAGGACCUACUGCAUUUGAACUUUUGGCCAAACAAGUGGUCGGUUCUACCCAACAAAAGGGUGCUAGUGAGAAUUCCAAAAAAGCAGUAGAUGAUGAAAAUGUGACUCAGCAAAUCAUGGCACAGAAGGCGGAGCAUAUGACUCCAUCGGCCAAAAGGAAACUCAAAGUUUUUUAUCCACCAUCGUGGCCAAGGGCACCUCGAGUAUCUGAAUUUUGCCCCCAAAAUGUGAUCUCAACAUGCCGUCGAGACUACAUCCAAAUGUUGUGGAAUAACUUGAGAGUGAUGAUAUCUCAAACAGUUUUGGAGCGCAUGCCAGCUCUUGAAAUAAAAGCCAACGAGAUCAUGGAGGAAAUGCAAAGCUUCAAUGCCACAGAUAUCUCAAAUUUGCAAGGCCUUUUAAAGGCUUUCUUUGCAAAUGCAGCUCAUUACGUUGCAGUGAAAUCUUCUCUCUCAAAUAAAAUUUCAGCUGAAUCAUAUGAUGAGUUGCUUUCUACGGCCAUCCAACAUCUUAGAGACGCUCAGAGUAAGGAGAGACAAUAGGCAGAGAAGAUCUCAACACACAUGUUGAAGCUUGAGGAAAUCGAUCGCGAGGAAGUAGAGUUGAGGAAGCGACUUGAGUUCUUGGAUACUCACAGGAAGGAGACGCUUUCACUGUUACGAGAAGAGCAAGAUGAUCUUACCCGAGUGCAAGGCGUGAUGGUCGACUUACAAAACGAAGUUCGAAAGAUUGAGAAUUCCCCGCCCCUACUUGCUGAGGAGAGUCAAACUUUGGACAAGAUGCAAGCAUUACUUGAAAACAACCGAAAGGAACUGUCGUCAUUUGAAUUCUAGGAAUAGUUGUCAUCUUUUAUUUUGUUUCAAAUUUCAUCUCUUGCUAAUUACUCAAA